AUGGAUGAGCGUAGAAAUACGAUGGGUGUCACAAUAACAUCUGCAGAAAAUAAAGAUUUCCUAGCCUGUGCUAACCUGUUUAAACAUGUCUUCUUAGAAGAACAUAAACCCAACUUCUUCCUGCGUUGCAUCAGAAAACUUAGGUACCAGGUAGUGUUUCUCGCAAUUGUAAUUGUGGUCUACGGCUUAAGCGCCUCUGUAACACUAACAUUAAUUUCAUUAUGUAUCAGUCUGUAUGUGUUUUUCGUUUAUCUUCACCGCGAGGUAUCAGCAUAUGUCAGUAAACAACAAGAUAUUUUGGAUAUUGGCAAGUAUUACGCCGGUGAUCGCUCUAAUUACUGGGUUGCUAAAAGUGUUGAUGGAUUAAUUGUUGGAACUGUAGCUAUCCUUGAAACAGAUGAUAAAGAGAUAGCAGAACUUAAACGUUUAGUUGUGAAAAGGGAAUUUCAGUCACACGGCUUGGGAAUUAAGCUUGUGGAUCAUGCUCUUAAAUUUUGCCAGGAAGCCAGAUAUAAAGAGGUUAAGCUUGAAUGUUCUGAAUGUCUUCAACGAGCCCUGAAUCUUUAUAGGAAACUUGGAUUUUCGGUGGUACCAUACGAAGAAAAGGGGUGUCCAGUUAUCAAGUAUGAGUGCCGAAAGCUGAUUAAUCGUUAUAACUGA